ACUGGUGGAGUCGGAGGAAGAUAAAGUGUCGGAAGAUCUCGGAACCGAGCAACGCCGCCGAAUCGGACAAGCGUCUCGUUGUCAUUGGUCAGGGUGAGAACAUGGAACGAGUCCUUGUUGAUGAUUUGAGUGAGCCAACCAUGGGUGAGAAGCUUGCAAGUUUGAAUAUAGUAGAUGAUGAUGGUAAAGCUACCCAUGGAAAUGAAGAAAGAGAAAAAUCCACGCGUCUUACAAAGCCUUCAUUUUCAGACUCGGUCAAUAUCUUGCUUAGGCAAGCAUUACAUGCUGAUGAUCAUGCACUUCUAUUAGACUGCUUGUACACCCUAGAUGAGAAGGUUAUUGAAAAUUCAGUCUUGCUAUUAAAUCCAUCUGAUGUUCUUAUACUUUUACAUUCUCUUGUAUCUUUGAUCCAGUCAAGGGGUGCAGUUUUGGCAUGUGCUCUUCCAUGGAUAAAAAGCUUACUUCAUCAACAUGCUAGUGGGAUUGUGUCCCAGGAGUCGUCAUUGCAUACUCUAAACUCCUUGUAUCAGCUCAUUGAAUCUAGGGCGUCAACUUUUGAAUCAGCUCUUCAAGUAUCAAGUUGCUUAGACUUCCUUUAUGCUGGGAUUGUUGAGGAAGAGAAUGCCACCAUUCCUCUAAUCUAUGAGGACGAGGAUGAAAGUGAUGAAGAGGAAUCUGAAGAUGCCAUGGAUACCGAUCAGAACAGUGAAGAGGGGGAAGGACUUGAUGAAGGAUUUGAUGGGAGGAGACGAAAAGCAACGCCUGAAAACAUUCACUUCCCAGCUGCAUUAAAAAGCUGGCAGAUCAUUAUAAGCUUUCAUCAGGAUGCAUUGAUACAUGCAGAGUAUUUCAAUGCAAGCAUCGCUGCUGCUGUCUUUGGAGACUGGAGAAAGGGCAUGCUGAUAGCUUAGGAGUUAACUUAAGCCUUCUUUUCCUAUGAGAUAAUUAUUUUUUUCAAUUUAAAGCAGAAAAUGUCUGAGACCUCAUUAUCUUAUAAAUAACACUUUCCAUA